CGUCCCCCUCCGGGGAGCCCCGGGGCUGUGCGCGGGUGGCGUUGACGGGACCCGGCAGCGAUGCCCGGUCGGGUCCCUCGGUCCGGUCUCCCGGGACCCCGCCAGGGCGGAGGAGCUAUCUGGACUGCCCGGUAUCUCCAGUGCUGGGAGCCUGGUGAUGCCUUAACAUGCUUUGAUAAGCAGUAUAUGUACAAGGGCAGAUGCUGCAACCGGUGUCAGCCAGGGAAAAAGCUGGUCUCUGAGUGCAAUAAAACAGAAGACUCUGUCUGUGCCCCCUGUGGGAGCGGGCACUAUCAGCCGAGCUGGACCAAGGAGAAGCACUGUGCUCCUCAUGAUACCUGUGAAGGCAAUGCUGGCCUCAUUGUGAAGAUGCAAGGAAAUGCAACACACAACACGGUGUGCCAGUGCCGGGCCGGCAUGCACUGCUCUGACAUCAGCUGCCAGACCUGUGUGGAGAACCAGCCUUGCCAGCUUGGCUCUGGCUUCGUGGCAGCCAAGGCCAUGAACCGGAUGUCAUCCCCCUGUGAACCCUGUGCAGAAGGCACCUUCUCCAAUGUCUCUUCUAAAACCGAGCCGUGCUAUCCCUGGACAAGUUGUGAGGAAAAGGGGCUGGUGGUGAAGGUGAAAGGGACGAACUCCUCGGAUGUGAUCUGCGAGUCGAGCAGGCGCUCCUCGCUGUCAGUGCUGAUCCCCAUCACGGCUGCAGUCUUCACGUGCCUCCUGGGUGUCUGCAUCUACUGCCUGGUCCACACAGAUUCCAGGCGACGGGUGCCAAACGAGAUAGAGGCUGGGGAGCCCGGAGAGAACCCAGAUACCCCGCAGCCCACGGAGCAGGAUGAGAAUGUCUUGCCUGUGCAGGAGACCCUACUCAGGUGCCAGCCUGUGGCCCAGGAAGAUGGCAAGGAGAGCCGCAUCUCAGAGCAGGAGAUGCUGUGAAGGCACAGGGCACUGCCUCCAACAGGAGCACAGACUGAGGACAGCACCAUCUCCUCUGUCCCCUCUCCAGCUGGGGAGGAAAUCUGGCAUCUGGCCUGCCUGCAAAUGACGUGAUGCUGCAGUGGACCAUGGCACAACCACCCCAUGGGAAUACCACCACAACUCCUGGUCUGGUCACCUGCACAGGGCUGCUCUGGUGGAGCAAGGCUUGGCUGCCCGCAUGGGGACAUGCAACAGAACCCCAUCCUGCUUCCUGCCCAGGUGCUGCAAUGGAGCCCAGCUGCUCAGUGGCUGCUCGCCUGCUGAGCCCUGGCAGAACCUGGUGCAUCCCCUGGCCACAGCAGUGUCACUGCUGACAGGAAGACUCCAGCACAGAGCCCAGUCUCCCUGAGUGCUGGAGAAGCCAGGGGUGGGAAAGGGAGGGCUGCUGGUGUGAGACCACCACGGCAGAGCUCAGUCACCUGUCUGAGGCGCUGUGGAAGCGUUGCCUGUGCUGGAGCAGGGCCCGGUGCUUGCACCCGGAUAGGGCACCCCGUCCCGGCCCCGGCCCCCCAUGCCGCCCAGCGCUGCCGGGCUCCGUGGGACGAGCAAAGGCAGGACCGGCGGGCCCACGGCUCUGCUGUGGGGCAGGGGCCGGGGAUGGCGGCGGCGGGGCCGGAGCGCAGACACCGGCGUGCGGCGGCCGGGAGAUGGUGCUGCGGGACCGGCGCGGGCUGCGCGGGGCGGGACCGGCACCGCCCGCCCCCGCCCCGUCCCGUCCCGCGUAGGCUCCGGGUGGGCACGGGGGGCCCUGCCCAAGGGGUUGCCCAGCGCGGGGCCCCCUCCCGCGGUUCCCCCACACACCCACCCGUACGUGCGGGAGCGGCCGCGCUCCUUCACCCUCCACCCACGCUGGCGAAACCCUGUGAUUAAACGUGAUUGAUUAUCUGGC